UGCGCUGUUUAGUUGAGCUGACAGGAAACCAGUCUGUUAGUUCACAGUAAACUGAGCUUUGUAUUUCAGCUCAUAUAACUAUUACAAACUGUCAAACCUGGCUGAACUUCAGGAAACAUGGAUCAAGUGGGGAACAAGUAUUUCUGCCAGGAUUAUUUCAGCUUUGCGUUCCUCAAUGAACAUGCAAUUUGAAGAUGGUAUAUUCAUCAAAGACUACAUCAGGAUUAUGGCGUAUAUGAUCGUGCUGUGUUUCACACUGGCGAUUUCAUUAUCGUUUUGGGUCCUGUCCAUAACUGCCAGCACAUAUUAUGGUACUCUGCAGCCAGUAUCACCAUGGCGGUGGCUGCUUUCAGUGCUUAUCCCUCUUUUCAUCACAUUUCGAGCCUUUAAACGUAGGAAUCUUGAUCAUGGUGGUGCCAUAGGAGCGAUGCUGGUUGGCUUUGUUCUUACUAUGGCCAACAUGAGCUUUUUUGGAGCUUUGUUCACCUUUUUUGUCACAUCCAGCAAACUAACCAAAUGGAAGGGAGACAUCAAAAAACAAAUUGACUCAGAUUAUAAAGAAGGAGGACAGAGGAACUGGUUGCAAGUUUUCUGUAAUGGUGGAGUUCCUACUGAAUUGGCCCUGCUCUAUAUGAUUGAAGCUGGUCCUGGAGAAAUACCUGUGGAUUUUGGGAAACAAUAUUCUGCUUCAUGGAUGUGCUUAUCACUCUUAGGAGCCCUGGCUUGCAGCACAGGGGACACCUGGGCUUCUGAGGUUGGUCCUGUGCUUAGUAGAAGAAAGCCCAGGCUCAUCACCACCUGGAAAGAUGUCCCAGCAGGUACCAAUGGCGGAGUCACUCCUGUUGGAUUAGUGGCCAGUGUUUUGGGUGGAGGCACAGUGGGUACAGCGUACUACUUCAUGCAGCUCCUGUUGGUAAAAGAUUUGCAUUUCGCAGUACCUCAGUGGCCUAUCAUCUUGUAUGGAGCAAUAGCUGGUCUGUUUGGAUCUCUGCUGGACUCAUUCCUUGGUGCAACCAUGCAGUAUUCAGGAUACGAUGAAUCCAUUGGAAAGGUUGUGAGUUAUGAGUCACCAAGUGUUAAAAGAAUAAGUGGGAAACCCAUCCUGGAUAACAACGGAGUGAAUCUGUUCUCUUCUGUCCUCAUAGCACUGUUCCUGCCUGGGUUUGCAUGGAUAUUCUGGCCUAGGCACUGAAUCAUGUGAUUUUAUUGUGUAUCAUGUCCCCUUUUUUAGAAUUUAAUCAAGCAUAUUGUAAACUCCCAAUGUCUUUGUUUCUGCACAUUAUAAUGAGAUUUGAAAUGACUUUAAAGGUGAAAUGUGUAAUGUUAAAAUACUUAAUAUAUGAGAACAAAUAGUGAAAUAAAAUCCCUUACAUUCCUAACCUUCAAAUUAACCCGCAAGUUUAGUUAUAUUAAUCUUGAAAGUCUGUCAGUGGCACAUACUGACUCUCCAAGUUUUCCAUUAUGUGUGCUGACUUUGUAAAGACUUGUGAAGGCAAAUAGGCCGAUAUGUUUAAGUAUUACAGCACAGUACACAGAGCUCAGAAUACUGUAAAAAUUGUCAAGUGACAGACUACUAGAGUCAGGAAUAUUUUCUAAGCCACUACAGUUCAAAUCACUUCAUUACAUGCAUGCUAUGAAAUUUGUGUAAUCCCUUUCUUACAUUACUUAAGACAUUUUGAGUAAAUACAUUUUCUGUUUUCACACCAAAUGUAUGUCAAUGUGUUUGUGUCUGUGCCACUUAUUAAGUGUUAUGUCCACUUUACAGAUGUAGGUUCUGGUGUUCUGUGUGUGUCCGAGAUCAACACAUUUAAGUAUUCCAUUGGAAUGUAUGUGUAUUUUGUAAAAUAAUGUAGCCUUACACAGAAAGCAUGACAGGUUCUUCAGCCAUUCAAUUGUCAAUUUCUGUUUAUUGUCUUUAAUUUAAAAUGUUAAUUAUGAUUAAGAGCCAUUUGGUGAUUCUGAAUGAUGUUUUUUUAAAGUAUUUAUAUUUUGUCCCAUAUAUGUAAAAUAAUAGUGUUUAACUAACAUUUGCCAAGCACCAACCAUGGGCUAGAAUUGGCUCUUGCAAAUAAAUAAAAUGAGGAAGAAGUAGAAAAUCUAAUUAUGAAAAUACUGAAUGCUUUACAGGUAAAGAAGGUUGUACCUGCUUCUGCUCUAGGUUACCUAUGCAAACAUAGUCUACUUGUAACCAAAACAAUAUACUUAUAAACAAAUUGCAUGUUUAUACAGACCCAUAGUGAUUCUACAUUCUACAAAAACUAUGGAGCCUCAACACCUUGUCACUGUGUUUAUGUACAUUUCCUUUUGAUUGGAAUCUCACUUAAGAGGCAUUUGUGGUUGUUUGGAAUGUGCCUAUAGAGUAGGGC